UUGACCUACUUAGCUUUCACGACCCAGCCCACAUUUCAUCCAGUCAGAUCCGAAGCGGCUGCAUCCCAUUUCACGGUCCCGAAGGUGAGCGAGUAAACACAGGUAAUAUCAAGGUGAACAGACAAUGGCAGGCUUAGUCAAAGCAAAGAAGUAUGACUGGAAGGAUUCCAACCUGGCCCUCUUUGGCAGCAAACUUGAAAAGGAUGUGAAGAAGGAGUCGGCAGAGACAGAGCCUGCAUGGCAGGGGGCCGGGCUGGAGGUUGGUCUGCAGAUUUGGCGUAUUGAGAAAUUCAAGGUCAAACACUGGCCCAAGGAUGAAUAUGGCACAUUCUAUAAUGGCGACUCUUACAUUAUUCUGAACACCUACAAAGAUCCGGAUACUGAUGCACUGAAGUGGGAUGUUCACUUCUGGAUCGGCCGAUACAGCACACAGGAUGAGUACGGCACUGCGGCCUACAAGACUGUGGAACUGGACACUCUGUUGGACGAUGGACCAGUGCAGCAUAGAGAAGUGGAGGGUUACGAAUCCGAAAAAUUCAAGUCUUACUUCAAGGAGAUUUCUGUGCUGAAAGGGGGAUGUGACACCGGAUUCAGACACGUGGCCCCCGAACAGUACGAGCCUCGUUUAUUGCACUUCAGUGGCGCCAAGGGCCAUAUUGAAGUCAAAGAGGUUCCACUGUAUAAGUCGUUGCUCAGUUCUGGUGAUGUGUAUAUUUUGGAUCUGGGACUAAAACUCUAUCAGUGGAACGGCAGUGGUUCCAACAAGGAUGAGCGGUUCAAGGCAGUGCAAUAUCUUCAAAAGAUCAAAGACGAAAGGAAUGGCAAAGCGUCUGCAGAGACUCUUGACGAGAAUGAUGUCUCUACUGCACACGAAUUCUACAGUCAUCUGCAAGACGGCGAGCCAGAGAACGGCGAUUCGGAACCAGCGGACACGGGAAAAGUGAAAGAACUUUACCGUUUGUCAGACGCCGAUGGAUCUCUCGACAUGAAACUGGAAGCAGAAGGAGAUGCUGUGACGAAAGACCUUUUGGACCCUGCGGAUGUUUUCCUUCUGGAUGAUGGAAAGAACUGUAUCGUGUGGGUAGGCGAAGAUGCUUCUAAAGCAGAAAAGACCAAGGGCAUGACAAUGGCUCACCAAUAUCUGAUGAAGAGCACCAACCCCUUUAUUCCAAUAACCGUUGUAAAACAAGGUCAAGUGGACGCAACCAUGGACAUGGCGUUUGCUGCCUAGAUAUGAGCACAGAGUUCCUCUGUCGGUCACUUUACAAGGGAUGGCCAUGCCUUCACUACUAAAUCAUUUUAACGUGAACAUCGUCCAAGAUAUACAGAACUAGUUAUUGCUUAUUCGAUAUGCAAACUUGCAAUGGCGUCAUGCUAAGAGUCGCAUCGAACAAAAGCCUUAGCUUAUAUUAAAGCAGAACAUUAUGAUACAAUGGAUACACUGGAAAACACAUCAUGAAUAUAUGACAUUUUCGAAUCAAUGACUUACUGCUGUUUUUCCCCUCUCUUUUCUAUAUUAACCGUUAUUAACUUUGUAAAAUGUGGGCUCGUGUAGGAAUAAGCAAGAGAUUAUUCAUUUUGAUUGUUAUAAUUAAUGUUGAAUUUGCAGAUCAUGGAUUAAAUAUUGUUGAUUUUGCCUUAGCCUUCGAUGAAAUAGGCGGUAAGACUGGUUUUGAAGUGGAAUAAACUUUUGGAAAAAGUUAAUCGUCUAGUUAUUGGUGUUAUUGGGGUACCCUGUAAUUUUUUUCAACUUUCAGAUAUUUUUAUUUUCUUUAUCAUGGUUUGACCACCACUACACAACAUGAAUGUAUGACAUUUUUGAAUCAAUGCUGUUUUUCCCCUCUCUUUUCUAUAUUAACCGUUAUUAACUUUGUAAAAUGUGGGCUCGUGUAGGAAUUAGCAAGAGAUUAUUCAUUUUGAUUGUUAUAAUUAAUGUUGAAUUUUCAGAUCAUGGAUUAAAUAUUGUUGAUUUUGCCUUAGCCUUCUAUGAAAUAGGCGGUAGGACUGGUUUUGAAGUAGAAUAAAUUUAUGGAAAAAGUUAA